UAUCUUCCGUCAGUUUACCGGCGUCUACGUUGCCCUAACGUCUCUGCUCUCUAGUUUCACUUCCGUCUCCUUCUCCGGCUCCUGCUCCGAGCUCCCGAUUCUUCUACACUUUACAGCUUCCGCUUCUUUCUGUUGCAUACUUCUCCUCUGCUUACGAGAACGGUUCGUGUUCUUCCAGUUCAUCUACAGUCGCCGUCACUCCUGUCCGUGUCUCUUAACGCUCGACGCAUUCAUGUCAAAGAGAAGGGGCCUGUCUCUGGAGGAGAAACGUGAGCAUAUGCUUCAAAUCUUUUAUGACUCACAGGACUUUUUUCUUCUUAAAGAGUUGGAGAAAUUGGGUCCUAAGAGAGGUGUAAUCAGCCAAUCUGUCAAAGAUGUUGUCCAAAGCCUGGUAGAUGAUGAUCUGGUUUUGAAAGACAAGAUAGGCACUUCUGUAUAUUUUUGGAGUCUUCCUAGCUGCGCCGGAAAUCAGCUGAGAAAUGCACACAACAAACUAGAAUCCGAUCUCUUGAAUUGCACAAAGCAGCUUGCAGAGCUGGAUGAGAAGAGAGUUAGCCUGAAGCGGGGCAGAGAGGAAUCAGAUGACAGGGAGAUGGCUUUGGAAGAGUUAAAGAGCAUUGAGCUGCAGCAUAAGAUGUUGAAGGAAGAAGUUGCCCUCUUUGCUGACAAUGAUCCAGCUGCAGUUGAAGCAAUGAAAAUGGCGAUCGAGGUUGGUCACGCCGCAGCGAAUCGAUGGACAGAUAAUGUAUUCACACUGCAGCAUUGGUGUUCAUCUAAUUUUCCUGAGGCAAAAGAACAACUUGAGCACAUGUAUAAGGAGGUGGGAAUAACAGAGGAUUUGGAUUACCUUUCAAAUGAUAUUCUGGAUAAUGCAACUAUGUUAUAGUGGAGAGAUUGUUCUGCAAUAGAAAUGUGAGCUUUUUUUUUUUUUUU